AUGUUUACGGAGCACCCAGGAACAACCGAUGUUCUAGAACAUCGGAUUGAUACUGGUACUGCGAGGCCCUGGCGGUGUAACCCCAGGCCCCUCAGCGCGCGUAAGAGGGAUCUCCUUGACGCGGCGCUGGAUGAGAUGAUUGCGACAGGCGCGGUUAGGCGGUCGCAGAGCCCCUGGGCUUUCCCGGUGGUGCUGGCACCUAAAAAAGAUGGGACGGCAAGGCUGUGUGUGGAUUAUCGCCAGUUAAACACCGUGACGGUCAGAGAUGCUUAUCCUUUUCCGUCCAUCGAGUCGAUCAUGUACGCGUUGGGGAAUGCCAGCGUGUUCACGAUUUUGGACUGUAGCAGGGGCUUUCUGCAGAUUCCUGUAGGGGAGGAGGAUAUCCAAAAGACGGCAUUCACGUGUCACAGAGGCUUGUUUGAAUUUACGAGACUCCCUUUUGGAUUGUCCAACUCGCCCGCUAGUUUUCAGAGGCUAAUGGACGUCGUGCUGGAUGACGCGAAGUUCAAUUAUGCCAUGGCUUACAUGGACGACGUAGUGGUAUUUUCUAAGUCGUUCGAUGAGCAUCUCGUUCACUUGGGCAAUGUGUUAAGUCGGAUGAGGGACGCGGGGUUGACCAUUAAUCCCGGCAAAGUUCAGCUUGCAUCUCCCAAGGUGGAUCUCCUUGGUUUUGUAGUUGAUCUUGGUACGCUAAGUCCGAAUGAGGAUAAAUUGAGGGCCAUACUCGAGUAUCCUCGUCCGCAUGACGUCAAGAGCCUUCAGAGGUUCCUAGGAAUGGUUGGCUUCUAUCGCCAGUUCAUCCCGCAUUGCGCGUCCUUAGCAAAACCACUGUACGAGCUACUGCGGAAGAAUUCCCAGUGGGCUUGGGGGCCUAGGCAGGAGGAGGCGUUUCGCUCCUUAUCACAAGCUAUAGCGGAUACAGCUAAAUUGUGGUUGCCAGAUCUUAACAAGCCGUUCGUUAUGCAAACUGAUGCAAGCGAUUACGGGCUUGGUGCAGUGCUGCUACAGGAACACGACGGUGGUCUAUGCCCGGUCGGGUUCGCUAGUCGCACACUGUCGCCGGCGGAGAUGAACUAUUCCGUUACGGAGAAGGAGUGCUUGGCGGUAAUGUUUGGCUUGAAAAAGUUCGACAUGUAUUUGGAUGGGACAACUUUUACCAUUCAGACCGACCACCAAGCACUCUCCUGGCUGCAGCGGUUGAAGAAACCGUCAGGCAGAUUAGCACGCUGGGCGUUAGCACUUCAGGGCUAUUCCUACCAUGUAGAAUACCUGAAAGGAAACGCGAACAAAGUGGCAGACGCUUUGUCCCGUGCGCCACUGGGUUACAGCUGUGAAUUACAGCAGGAACCUCAGUGUCAGGGCAGGUCAUCGACCGGUUGUGUGGGUGACUUGGACCUGGUUAGAGCCGCUAGACGCGGGAGGUCCUCUCUCCCAGCGGAAGAGAGAGGAGGGGAGAUUGGGUGCGCGUGCGAUUACGCUAGUCUCCCGGAAGGCGUGGAACGGCAGACCGAGGAGGGGGAUCUCGUGGCCGCGAUUGGUUUGAAUCGGGCAGGUAACUCCUUGUCUUGUGGCACGAUCGUAAGCAGGGAAGAGCUCUUAGAGGCACAGAAGUCGGACGGUUUAUGUCAGCGGGUGUCGGAAAAGCUGGCGGAUAAUAGCGCAGCUGACACCGGUAACGCUGGCAGGGAUGACGACGGGUGCCUCGACUCGUAUCUCUUGAGUGAGGACGGGCUUUUGCUGCGAUAUGUGCCCGGGUUAGACGAGGAGGACGAGAGUGUUUCCCCCUUCAAGGUCGUAGUUCCCAGGAAAUUGCGAAGGGUGUUUAUGCGUUAUUUCCAUGACUCAGCCCUUGCGGGUCACGGCAGUGGCAGCAAGACUUUUCAUAAGUUAUGCCGCGUCGCGACCUGGCCGGGGAUGAGGCAGGAUGUUAUGCGCUUUACCCGGAGCUGCCCCGUGUGCCAGAAAGCAAAACCAAGGGGUGGUAAACCCCCAGGGUUCAUGCAGCCAGUAGUCAGUAGCUACCCCUGGCACAUAGUAGCGUGUGACGUAAUGGGUCCAUUUCCCAGAAGUCCACGGGGGAAUCAGUACCUGUUGGUGGUUACUGACCACUUUUCCAAGUGGGUGGAGUUAUUCCCGCUUAGGAAGCUGGUGUCGGAGCGGAUAUGGGACCGGCUGAUGGAGACUUUUUCCCGGUUCGGUUUUCCGGCACAGUUGAUCACUGACAACGCCAGUUAUUUCACUGGCCGAGUCUUUGUCGACUCUUGUGCCGCACUUGGUAUUCAGCACAAGAGAACGACGCCGUAUCAUCCCCAGGCGAACAUUACUGAAAGAGUGAAUCGCAACCUUAAGCAUAUGUUGGUAGCUCUAACCGACAGGCACAAGGAUUGGGAUGUGCGUCUUACUGAGUUGGGAUUUGCAACCAGGACGACAGUAAACAGGUCAACGGGGUUUUCCCCGGCAUACCUUAACUUUGGGAAGGAGGUUGCUUUCCCAUUGGAGAACGGACUGAGACAGUGCACGGAGCCGAUUGCUCGGAAUCUGUCGAGGGCACCUAAGAAGACCUCUGGUCCCUCAAAGCAAGUCGGCGUCCACUCGAAGCCUAAGGGCAAGCGUGUGGGAGCGCCUCCCGGAAAGAACCUGGCGAGACCUGUUGCCCAGGCCCCCCCGACGCGGCACUCCGUCGCCACCUGGACAGCCCUCGUCGGGGACGAGACGGCUUGCUUCGUCUCGUCGCGACGGUGGCGCGACCAGCCGAGACCACUGCGCGGGGCCGACCCUGGGUCCGUGGCUGCCACCUUCCGCGGCCGCCUCCUGUCGGACAGGCACCCCUCGGAGCCUCCAGCAACCUACACCGAGGAGGAGGCAGACCGCCUGUGCCGAUCGUGUGGCGGCCUCGUCGUCCACCUGGCCACCCACGUUCAGGGCGAGCGACACCGCGCCGCCGAGGCUUCCAGGGCGGCACCGUCAGCGGAGUCGGCCCCCCCAGCUACCACCCCGCCGGCAGCACUGCCGAACCCGGAGGACGCCAUUGCGGCUGCAGUGCGGGUGCUGCAGGCGUUUCGGCCGGGGCCCCUGUGCCCUGUGGACCGCCCUCCCCUCUCUGCCGCCGCCAGCAGCCCGGUGCCCCCCGUCUCCAAGGCCCAGGACCCCCCCGGAUUUGAGCAGGAGCUCAUGGACUUUUUGGGGGAACCCCCCGCGUCGAGGCCUUAG